CUCGAUCUCUCCUUCGAUGCGUCAUUGCUCCUACGCGCUUUUCCAGUCUCUUGUGGGAGAGAUUUAACUACAUGUCACCUCGUUCAGCUCAAUCAGUGCUUGUGUGUCGUUCGAAGUGACUAAAAGUCGUGCUUUGAGUGUUGUGUUUGGUAGAGAAGAGGAAAGAGACGAGAGUAAACAUGCCCAGGAGAACCAGGGAUGAGGAUAUUCCCAUCAAGAUUGGAGGCUGGAAUGGGAAGUUUGUGUACGAAAAGCCAACAGUGAUCCAGGAGCCCGCGCAGAAUGCCCAUGGUGAGAGCGAGUCCACGGCCAAGGGCCACCCACGCGAGGCUGGCGACAAGAAGCCCGUCUACGCGACUGGCAAUCAAUUCUACGGCUACACCACAGAGCCAGAGGUGCUUCCGGUCACGUGGGAUGGCACCUUCGCCCCGUCUGGAGGCACUUACUACCGCCCGGAGCGCAACAGGUCGGAAACUUCCCAGUUCUAUGGCUUCUGCAGCGAACCCGAGAUUCUUCCUGUCCAGUGGAGUGGCAAAUUUGAGGUAGAUCCCAAUGAUGUGCGCAUUAAACCGGAGAGAAACAGCUCUGACGUCAGAGAUUACGCUGAUCAUCGAAAUUUCGUGGAGAGGAAACCCACACAGGAGCAGGACAAUGGACAAGAGACACACUAGAAGGA